AUGGCAGAAGCUCACCAACAAUUCUUAGCUAAGUUUGAAACCUCUCGUAACGCUUUAAGAGAAUCUGAAAAAGAUGAAAUUUUAUUGAUUGAAAAUAAGCGUAGAUUCGUUAUGUUCCCUAUCAAGUAUCAUGAAAUCUGGGCUGCUUACAAGAAGGUCGAAGCUGCCUUCUGGACAGCUGAAGAAAUCGAAUUGUCUAAAGACGUUGAAGAUUUAGACUCUGGCAGAAUCACUCAAAAACAAAAAGACUUCUUAGGUAAGCUUUUGGCUAUAUUAACCGUCAAUGAAGACACCGUUAACUACCACUUGCUUGAAAAAUUCUCUGCAGAAUUACAAAACCCAGAAGGUAAGUCCUUCUACGGUUUCGAAAUCAUGAUGGAAAAUAUCUACGACGAAGUCUACUCCUUUAUUAUCGACGCCUACUUUAACGGCUCCGCAAAUGUCGAACUAUUCAAAACCAUUAAAGAUAACGCCGCUGCAAACGAAAAGAUCGAAUUCAUCAACAGAUGGAUCCACGAUCCAACUUCUCUAUACGCCGAAAGAUUAGUCGCUUUGGCUGCCAAGGAAGCCAUCUUCCAAGCUGGUUCUCAUGCUGCCAUCUUCAACUUGGGCAAACAAGGCUUGAUUCCAGGUUUCAACAAAGCAAACACCAACAUUUUCCGUGACAAAGGUUACUACACUGACUUCUCCUGUCUUUUAUUUGCCCAUUUAAAGAAUAAACCAGAACAAGAAGUUGUUACCAAGAUCAUUACAGAGGCCGUCGACAUCGAAAAGAAAAUCUUAGCCGAAACUGUUGACAUUAAGGACUCCGGGUUAGAUGAAAAACAAGUCUUCCAAUACGUCGAAUACUUAGCAGACUCUCUAUUAUUAUCCUUCGGUAACGAGAAAUUCUACAAUGUGGCUAACCCAUUCGAAUUCAUGGAACAAACUACCUCUAUCGGAAAGUCUAGAUUCUUUGAAAAACAAGUCUCUGACUUCAUGAAGGCUAACCAACCACCACAACAAGUCGCUGCUGCUGAAGCCUUCAACUUCAACGAAUCUUUCUAA